AUGACACAUCAAAAGGACGUCGAAAAGGCGGCCAGUGAACUGUCGGAUACCUCAGCUGUGCAGCGAGUGUUAAAAAAACGGAGCAGUGUGCUCGAGGAAUCUCGACUGUUGGAAGAGAGCAAGACAAAUAAGCGAGGUUUAGUGCGCAGAUGCAUCGACUCGUUCAAACCGCCCGUGGAUGGGUCGUUCGACCCGGAUAAUCUGAAGCGGACGCUUAAGUCGCGGCACUUGAUCAUGAUUGCGAUCGGGGGCUCGAUUGGGACCGGGCUGUUCAUUGGGUCGGGUAAAGCACUGGCAACGGGCGGGCCGCUUGCCGUGCUGAUUGGGUGGACGCUGGCGGGGACGCAGAUGGUGGGGACGAUACACGGGCUGGGAGAGGUCACGGUGCGGUUUCCGGUUGUGGGGGCCUUUGCCAACUACUCGACACGGUUUCUGGACCCGAGCGUGAGCUUCGUGGUGUCCUCCAUUUACGUGCUGCAGUGGUUCUUCGUGCUGCCGCUGGAGAUCAUUGCCAGUGCCAUCACGAUGGAGUUCUGGACGACGUCGGUGGACCCGGUGGUGUGGGUAGCGGUCUUCUACACGCUGAUCAUCUCGAUUAACCUGUUCGGCGUGCGCGGGUUCGGCGAGGCGGAGUUUGUGUUCUCGGUGAUCAAGAUUGUGACCAUAUGUGGGUUCAUCAUCCUGUGCCUGGUGCUGAUCCUGGGCGGCGGCCCGACGCACGAGUUCAUCGGCGCGCGGUACUGGCACGACCCGGGCGCCCUGGCGAACGGCUUCAAGGGCGUGGCUGCCGUGAUGGUGACAGCGUCCUACUCGCUGGGUGGCUCUGAGAUGACAUGUCUCGCAUCCGGCGAGACCGAUCCAAAGGAGAUUCCGCACGCUAUCAAACAGAUAUUCUGGCGCAUCAUCUUCUUCUUCCUGGUUUCGCUGACCCUGGUGGGCUUCCUCGUGCCGUACACGAACGACCAGCUGCUGGGGGGCUCCAACGUCAACAACUCGCCUUUUGUGAUUGCAAUCAAGAUGCACAACAUCCGCGUGCUGCCGCACAUAAUCAAUGGUGUGAUCCUGGUCAGCAUCCUCAGCGUCGGGAAUUCGUGCAUCUUUGCGUCCAGUAGGACGCUGUGCUCCAUGGCACACCAGGGCCUGCUGCCCCGCAUAUUCGGCUACGUUGAUCGCGCCGGCAGGCCUCUGACAGGCAUCCUGACCAACUCGCUUUUCGGUCUUUUGGCCUUCCUGGUGAAGUCCAGCUCUACGGGCACCGUUUUCACUUGGCUCAUGGCCGUGGCCGGGCUGGCCACCGCUGUCGUCUGGCUCAGCAUUAACGUUUCUCACAUCCGCUUCCGUCUUGCCAUGAAGGCCCAGGGAAAGUCUCUCGACGAGCUGGAGUUUGUGAGCGCCGUCGGCAUGUGGGGCUCCGUAUACUCCGGUGUCAUGAACGUUGUCGUCCUGGUUGCGCAGUUCUACGUCUCCUUAUGGCCUAUCGAGGGCUGGAAAGACCCACGCGGGCGCACGGAGGCCUUCUUCCAGAACUACCUCUGCGCCCUGAUCCUGCUGUUCAUGUUUGUCGCCCACAAGAUCUACUACCGCUCUACGACCGGCCAGUGGUGGAAGAUCCUGCCGCUCGCAGAAAUUGACCUAGAAAGUGGCAGAAAGAACAUAGACAUCGAGGUGGUGAAGCACGAGGUCGCUGCUCGGAAAAAGUACAUCAGCGAGCAGCGCUGGUACAUUAGAUACUACCAUUACUGGUGCUAG